UUUUUUUUUUUAAACUACAAGAAUAAAGAAAAGCUUCACAGAAAACCAUUUAUAAAAGCAAAACAAAGGCGUGUCUUUGUGGAACCACCAUUAACACCAUCGUAAGAGAAAGAAGAACAAGAAAAAAAAACAUUCACAACACACUAUAUAUUAGAGUGAGUGAUCAAAUAAAGUAUAGAAUAAUAGAAAGUGAGAAACUUUCACUCAUAAUAAGCAUUGAAUUCCAAAACCAACAUGGCAAACAGUUACUUCGCAAAAAGAAACCACAUCUUUCUUUCCGUUUCAAGUGACAGAGACUCUUCUCUAUCGUUAACAACGGAUUCAGAUUCCAUGUUUGAAUUCCAAGAAUCAGACAUUUACAAUUCCAAUCAUGAUAACUCGGCGGAGUUUGCCAAAUCUUUCCAUGGCUCUCGCUCUGUCAAGAAACCGUCUUCAUCGAAGACAAAGGAUCAUGACGUCGGAAGAACUCCGGCGUCCGUGCCAGUUAACGUCCCCGAUUGGUCGAAGAUCCUCGGGGACGAGUACACAAGUAGUUACACGAAGAGAAGUGGCAUGGAGGAUGAGGGAGAGGAUGAAGAUGAGAAUGGGUGGUUACCACCGCAUGAGUUUUUGGCGAGGAAGAGAGUGGCUUCUUUGUCAGUGCAGGAGGGUAUUGGAAGGACUCUUAAGGGAAGAGAUCUUAGUAGGCUCAGAAAUGCAAUUUGGGCAAAAACUGGCUUCCAAUGAUUUUACUGUUUUUUGUUUCUUUUGUUUUGUUCUACUGUUUAUUUCAAUGUGUGUUUCUUUGUUUUGAUUUUGUAAGUGUAACUUCUCAUGAGAUAUAUGUGUUCUGAUUUUAGUGAAAAAUAUCUCUAGGCUAAAAUACAUGUGUAUGAGAUUUUAGUUAUUAAUUCGAAACCUGUGUUUGUA